UCGUCUGGGAUAAGUAUUCGAAUUCAAAAUAGAAGUGAUGUUUGGAAGGUCAAGGCACGGGCUCGUGUUUAAGCACCCACAGAACAGCAAACGUCGAGUAGAGCUGCAAAACACCUGUGAGGUAUACAAACACAAAACAGAUCCGCCGCUCUUUUUCAGUUUCGAUGAUAACACCCCGCGUCAAAUUUACCAAGAGCGUUUUCCAGUUGAAGGCACACUGCAGGCGGGGAAUGUCUUUGGCCUGGAUCUUCCUGAUCGGUUUUCUGAUCUCUGUAAGCAACCCUACUGGAGGAGCCCUACCGAACGCACCCCCGCACUUUCGUUUACGUCGCACGAACCUCCCGGCGUCCAAGCUACCACACUUAGUCCAUCGAACAUCACGCCGUAUUGUGCGCAUCGCCAGUUUGUACGAAACAACUCUAGGUCCCCAGCAGAUUCACCAUGUUGGAGCAUUCAAUGAGUCCAUCUCGACAUCGGAUAGGUCGGAAUAUAACAUGUGGAAGGUAUUGAGAGUGGAUGGAAAAAACAACUUCUACAUACUAUUUUUCACCAUAUACGUUAGCUACCUGGUGUACGUGCUAUUCUGAGUGGGUUUUCUGUUCAAUAAAAGUGUUGGCGCUUUAUGAAAAUAAAAAUCAUGGCCUUUGUGCUUUUGUAUUUA